ACAGUUGUCUACCUCAGCCACAAAACCCUCAUCCCCUGCAUUAUCACAUAUGCCGACUAUGGCGUCUGCAAUCAAUUUCAUUUCCCUCUUUCUCCACAUCCUUUUCCUCUCUCCUUCUCUUUAUUUUCCACUAACAUCAUCGAAACCUGCCGAACCAACUCCAUCGCCAUGGCCUCCCCAAUUCCACUCGAUCCUCGUAAUUGUCAACAAGAGCUCCAGUCUUCAAAAAGUGGACCUCUGGUACGACUGGCCUAACGGCCGUAACUUCAACAUAAUUCAGCAUCAGCUCGGAAAGCUCCUGUACGACCUGGAAUGGAACAAUGGCACCUCCUAUUACUACACAUUUGGCUCCAAACCAGAGUGCGAGGUUAUCCAUUUCCCCGUCGGUAUACUCCGCCCUAAUUGGCUUGAAGGCGCCAAAUACCUAGGCCAGCAAUCCGUCGAUGGCUUUCUCUGUAAUGUGUGGGACAAGGUGGAAUUCAUUACCUAUUAUGAAGAUGUAAUCACCAAGAGACCUGUUCAAUGGGUAUUCUACACAGGGAGGGCUGUUCAUGUAAUGACAUUUGAGGUGGGAGCGGUGCUUGAAGAUUCUGCCUGGCAAGCGCCUGUAUACUGUUUUGAUGGGCGUCAGAAGGAGCAUUUCUUUCAAGCUUCGUCUGGUUCUGAUCAUGAGAAGCUGACGAGGGUUCUGAUGGAUGUUGAGUGAUUAUCUGAUCGUUCAAUGGAGAAGAAUAUAUAUAUAUAUAUAUAUAUAUAAAUAAUAAAAUCACUUGGGAAAAUUGAAUUAACUAUGAUAA